UAUCGUCUCUUUCCGAUCAAAGCAGAAAAAUUAGACAAAAACUUCAUCAUCUCCAUUUCUUACAACCAAAGGAACUAGAAAUCCUCCACCCGGAAUUCUUUCCGUCUCCGAUCAAAAAAUGGCCGGCCGGUUCGGCUUAUCCUCCUCUUCGCCAGCGGUGAUGAUGACCGUCACCAACACCCCCGCCCCAGAUCUCGCUCUAACCAAUCUCGCCUACUGCUCCCCCACCGAUCUCCAGAACUUCGCCAUCCCCGGCACCAAGCUCAAUCUCGCUUCCGUCGGCGACUCCUUCGUCCUCACCGUCUCUGGUCAUCCAAGCAUACAGAGCGGCCACAUUGCGCUGAACGCAAUCCAGCGGCGGCAUGCUAGGGUUUCUAGUGGCGAUUCUAUCUCUGUGAGCAGAUUUGUUCCACCGGAGGAUUUUAAUCUGGCCCUGCUUACGCUGGAUUUGGAGUUUGUGAAGAAAGGCACUAAGAGUGAACAGGUUGAUGCUGUUGCCCUGUCGAAGCAGCUUAAGAAAAGGUUUAUCAACCAGGUCAUGACGGCUGGGCAAAGAGUAUCAUUUGAGUUUCAGGGGAUCAACUACAUUUUUACUGUCAAUCAAGCUGCAGUAGAGGGACAAGAAAAGUCUAAUAAUGGUAUUGAAAGAGGGAUGAUUGUGAAUGAUACAUAUUUCAUCUUUGAAACAUCAAAUGCAAGUGGAAUAAAGAUUGUAAAUCAGCGUGAAGCUGCAAGUAGCAACAUUUUCAGGCACAAGGAGUUUAAUCUUCAAACGCUUGGAAUUGGUGGCUUAGGUGCUGAGUUUGCAGAUAUAUUUCGAAGAGCUUUUGCAUCCCGUGUAUUCCCUCCUCAUGUGACAAAUAAAUUAGGGAUUAAGCAUGUAAAGGGUAUGCUGUUAUAUGGGCCACCUGGUACUGGAAAAACUCUCAUGGCUCGUCAAAUUGGAAAGAUGUUGAAUGGGAAAGAACCAAAGAUUGUUAAUGGCCCUGAAGUUUUGAGCAAGUUCGUUGGUGAAACUGAGAAGAAUGUUAGGGAUCUAUUUGCUGAUGCUGAGAAUGAUCAAAGGGCUCGCGGAGAUCAGAGUGACUUGCAUGUGAUAAUCUUUGAUGAAAUUGAUGCUAUUUGUAAGUCAAGAGGAUCAACUCGAGAUGGUACUGGGGUUCAUGACAGUAUUGUGAACCAGUUACUCACGAAGAUUGAUGGUGUGGAGUCUCUUAAUAAUGUUUUGCUUAUUGGGAUGACAAACAGAAAGGAUUUGCUUGAUGAAGCUCUUUUGAGGCCAGGACGUCUGGAAGUUCAAAUUGAGAUAAGCCUUCCUGAUGAAAAUGGUCGUCUACAGAUUCUUCAAAUUCAUACAAACAAGAUGAAGGAGAGCUCUUUUCUUGCUCCAGAUGUGAACCUUCAAGAGCUUGCGGCUCGCACGAAAAACUACAGUGGUGCAGAACUUGAAGGUGUUGUUAAAAGUGCAGUGUCAUUUGCUCUGAAUAGACAACUAAGUUUGGAUGAUCUUACCAAGCCAGUGGAUGAAGAGAGCAUUAAGGUUACUAUGGACGAUUUUCUACAUGCACUCCAAGAAAUUGUACCUGCAUUUGGAGCCUCCACUGAUGACCUUCAAAGAUGCAGACUUAAUGGAAUGGUGGAUUGUGGUGAUCGUCAUAAGCACAUAUAUCAAAGAGCUAUAUUAUUAGUGGAGCAAGUCAAAUUGAGCAAAGGAAGCCCACUUGUUACAUGCCUUUUGGAAGGCCCUAGUGGCAGUGGUAAAUCUGCACUAGCAGCUACCGUUGGCAUUGACAGUGAUUUUCCUUAUGUCAAGAUUGUAAGCUCCCACAUUAUUUGUUUCACUUUACAUAUUUAUAUGUUUUUCAAGAAUUUCCAGUCUUUUAAUAAUCUAUAUUCUUUUUNCGACUACACCAACCUGAGUGGUGUGAUCAAAAUGCCACAAUCGCAGAACCGGAACACAAGCAACGUGCCGGUGUAUUGA